AUGGUAUUGGGAGAUUACUUCAUUGGAAGACAUAAUUGGGAAAACGUUGAUAAGAACACUUUACCAAGCGAUAUCCCAGAGGUUGACGAAGUUGGAGCCACUUCUGCACCAUUAUUAUCAGCUUCUUAUUUCAUUGGUAGUAAAUGUAAACCUUAUAAUGAUGAUUUCAUGUUGUGUAAAGACGAAAACAAUGGAGGUACUUUAGAAUGUUUAAAAGAAGGAAGAAGAGUCACCAGAUGUGCCAUUUCAGUGUUAUCCGACAUAAAUAAAUACUGUUUUGACGAGUUCAAGUUACAUUACGAAUGUUUGGAACAAGAAAACCAUAGACUGGGCCACUGUAGAAACUCCGAAUCAGUUUUAAACAAAUGUAUUUUCCAAAACAUGAAGUUAGAAAAGAAGAUUCCUGACGUUGAAAACCAAAUCCACUUAAACAAAAAUCCAAUCUACCAAGGUACCUCCAAAGAUAAGGCCAAGACCGCCGAGUUUUUGAAAGCAAAGGAAGCUAAUAAUUAG